GAAGUGCCUGUACACCAACGACAACAACAAUUCAUUGUGUCGAGAGGAAGCGAGAGAGUACCUGGGUUGUCGUAUGGACAACAAUCUCAUGCUAAAAGAAGACUGGUCAAAGUUAGGUUUUAACGACACAAAAAAUGGUUAAUAUAUUACUAGGUUGUACCGGUAGCGUCGCUACGAUUAAGCUACCGAUACUCGUCAAAUCACUGUUGGAACUUCAGCCCGACAUACAUAUUCGCGUUAUUACCACUGAACGUGCGAGGCACUUUUUCAAUUCGCACGAUAUACCGGAGCAGGUCCAGGUGUUCGACGACGACAGGGAGUGGAAGUCGUGGUCGACGCGAGGCGACCCGGUUCUGCACAUAGAACUGGGAAAGUGGGCGGAUCUCCUGCUGAUCGCACCGUUGGACGCUAACACAUUGGCAAAGGUCGCCAAUGGGAUCUCCGACAACUUGCUGACGUGCACGGCGCGCGCGUGGGAUCUUUCCAAGCCGUUGCUGUUUUGUCCCGCGAUGAACACGAGAAUGUACGAGCAUCCCCUGACGGCCAGUCAAAUAGCUCUGCUUCAAACUUGGGGCUAUCGUUUGGUGCCGGUCGUGAAUAAAACGUUAAUGUGUGGAGACACGGGCGAGGGGGGAAUGGCUGAAGUUUCAACGGUAGUUGAGUUUGUGCAAAAUUGUGUAUUAAAUAAAAUGCUUUGAUUUGA